GGAAAAAGGGGAUUUUAUAUGACACUAAAACACGAUUUGUAGUACAUUACCAGUCUAUUGAUAACUUUAGUUUAUUAUAUUUUCAUGAUUAUCGGGUGUGCAAAUUAAUAUCGUGCCCAAUGUUGGCUCUAAUCUCCACUGUCUCGUCAGGCCACACAUGGAGACCCCGCCUAAAUCACAAGACCAGGCUGAACAGCACGACGGGCAGCAGGCCCUGCCGUUGCCUGUCAUGCUGCCGAGGUUGAAGACAGAGGAGAAGAUGCAGCCACGUGCAUUUGUGCCCUGUAUGCCUACCCACGUUUACCAGCCGACCACCUUCAACCAGUCCUUUGGGUAUUUUCAAGGAGGCUCCUUCAUGUUCCUGCCCAAUGGGACACAGAAUCUACCAUCUAAAGACAUGCCUGCGAAAACACCACAACCUUCGUCAAGCACCAGCUCACAGAACUAUGUGGAGAAGCACAAUUACGCACAACGCUACUGUGUGCCCCCAACGGCAGGUUGUCCCCAGUUCCUGCCAGACUGGACACAGAACUGGCCACCGAUGUCUACACCACAAACACCACAGCCUCCGCUCAGAGGUCCUGAGUACAACAGGGGUGCUGUGAAUGUCCCACAGAAGAAUUACACACCAGCACUGCCAGGCUCUGCUGCUGACAUGAGUAGCUGCCAGCUGCGUAACACCACCUCCAGCCUCCCCCACGGGGCAGCAGGGGUCGGGGAUCCUAGCUCUCAGAAGCCUGUGGAGGAAGUCUUACAGAAGAGGGAGCUCCGCUUAAUGAAGAACAGGGAAGCUGCCCGGGAGUGUCGACGGAAGAAGAAGGAAUACGUCAGAUGUCUGGAGAAUCGCGUGGCCGUGCUGGAGAAUCAAAACAAGACUCUAAUAGAGGAGCUCAGAGCCUUAAAAGACAUCUAUCGACACAAAGUCGAGUGAUUGCUCCGACUGCGCGGGGGACAGCGUCAGGUCUGUUCCUGCGGUGUGUCUUGGGGACUCCGCUUCUGCGCACUCGCACAAAACACUCCUUGUUCUUGCUGUUAAAUGUGUUUACACGAUGAUGUCAAUGUCUCAGGCUCUGAAUUAUCCAUGCAGCACCGCCAGGAACAAACAAGAACCCUGUUUCGGAUCAAGCCUUUCUACUAUUAUUAUGAGGAACUUAUGUCCCUUUGCACAGGCAGGCCUCAGGGAAGGGAUGUGAGGACCACCUGCAGAGUUGCGACGCCUUUCUGGAUACGGAGAAUCAGAUGCUAAAGCUCCAGCUGCGGAAGCUGAACAUAUAAAUAAUAAACCCUGGAUUUGUCACAAAUUCCUUUGCUGCCGUCAGCGCGCUGUAUUUUCCAUCCUUUCUGAGCAGUUCCAGAAUUUGGCUUGAUUGAAAAAGCAUUUUGUAAUGGUCUUUGUUCAGGGGGAAGAAGCUUCCAGAAACCUAAUAAUCAUCAGGGCUUGGUGUAGUUUAUAUUACAUGUCAUUCAGCUUCCAAAAUCCUGAUGUUAGCAGAGACAUAUGACCCCUGUUCCUCUCUCAUUCAUCCUUUCACAUUUAAUGUAGAGACCUAGCAGGACGUUGUGCAUUAAGUCAGUGGCAGUAGUAUUUAUUUUGUCAGGUUCGCCCCAUUAUUAACUCACUGUUGCUGUUUUAAUAGCCGUUUAAAAUCACAGGAUUGUUUCUACUUCCAUAAAGCUCUUGUUCCGUCUCUUUGCUGUCAUCGCACGCAAUAAAUUGAGAAGACUUACGCA